CUUCCGGGUUACAAGCAAGUUAUAUUUGGUGGUAUGUAGUAAUAGAGAACCGUGCGUGCUUUAUGUUUAUCACUUACCUCAAUUAAAUGGCUGCACCGUUCACAACAGGAACAUCUAUCACCGGAGAGAUAAGUUCGGCGGCCACCGGAAACGUUAAAUUUUUAACAGUUGCAUCAACCGCUCAGGCGAGAGGCAAGAAAAGAGCCGCUAGUCCAGCCGUCCACCCAGCGCCGCAAUCCAACAACAGUAACAGCAAAAGGAAAAAACUGCAGUCAGCUGUAGGGCCUAACCAAAGCCAGGUUGCGCCGUUUGAUUCAGCAGAUGUAAGGUUGGUUACUGCAGUAGAUGUCACUGUGCCGGUUGCAGAACCUGUUGGCAAGCGUCUGUCUUUUAAAGAUCCCGGCUUUGUGCACUCCGGUAUCGGAGGGGCGGCGGCAGGGAAGAAGAACCGGACAUGGAAGAACCUGAAGCAGAUUCAGGCAGUGGAGAGAGCACUGCCCUGGAACAUCAGCCAUCCCAGCUAUUAUAAUAUAGAUGCACCACCUUCCCUGAAGCCUCCUAAGAAGUACUCUGAUAUUUCAGGCUUACCGGCAAACUACACAGACCCUCAAACUAAACUACGCUUCACCUCAUCUGAAGAGUUCUCAUACAUCCGCCUGCUACCCUCGGACGUGGUGGCGGGAUACCUGGCCCUGCGAAAGGCCUCCUGCGUAGUGCCUUAAGAAAGCACCCGGCACUCAGCAAAACACCCCGGACAGCUGCACAUGUGGACAAUAAUGGCAUGUUGCAAAAUGCACACAGCAUGCUCAGUUGGAAGCACUGAUAUUUGUGGAUUUGUGAUUUGGUGGAGGACUUAUUUGCAUAUUGCAGGCCCCACUUUGCAACAGUAUCACUAUUGCAAAGACCAAUAUUGCGAGAACAGUUAACAACGAUGCAUUGUGCAGCCCUGCUGCUAGGUAUGUAAAUAAAGGUAGACAGCAGCCUAAUGAGGAGUUUAGUCCUUGACAGUGUAGUUGUUUAUAAUGUUAAUUUCUAUAUUGCUGAUAUCUGUAGUUUUUGUAUGGUUUGUUGUCCAAAUAUGAGUAAAUUGUACUUUUAAGACUCAUUCUGACAGGUCGGUCUAAUGGAUCAGUAUCAUAAGUUUAAUUUGCUUGGUAAGAAUGUUUGUCUUGUUUGGAUAUGAAGCCAUAACUUAAAGAAGCCUGCAGUGCAUGUUCAUUGAUAUGUUUGAGCUUUGGCUGUGUUUUGCUACCCCCUGCUGUUGCCACUGUUAAAAUGGUCUCUUAAGCUGUUGAAUAUAUGAAAACAGAUCAGGGUUUCAUUAAUUGUUUUUAUUAUAUGAUAAGCAUAAGGCAGUGAGCAUUUCACCCAAUUAGUAAUUUCAAUUGAAUUUCAAAUAAAAUACCCAUUAAUCUGUGAGAUGGUCCACAGAGGAUUUAAAGGAACCACAGCUAGAUAAUUAUGAGAAAUACCAACCCUGUGAACGGUGUGGGUACAUCUUCAGGCAUUUUGCAUGAGGCAAAGACUUUGCCCUUGAUGUUGCUUAGAAAUGAAUCACUAUUUAUAAAAUGGGUAUCAUUGCAUAAAUAUAUUGAUGAAAUACAAAUUCCCAGCAGUUAUAUUGUAUGAGCUGGUGUCACUGCUAUAUGUUGCUACACCUCUUGCUUUCAGAUGGAUCUCAGCUAAGGCAGAAUGUCUGCGACUCUCUCCCUAUGCCUUCCAUCAGAGUACUCAAGUGUGCUGUUUUUCAUUACUGGAUUAAAUGGGGUCUUAUUGUAUAAUGUUAA